GGUCGGCAAACUAUCCGACCGACGUCGUCGGCGAUGCGCAAGUACCGGCUCGUGUCCAAGAAGGGCGAAGGCACGUUCUCCGAGGUGCUCAAGGCGCAGAACGUCAAGGACUCCAAGUACCAUGCGAUCAAGUGCAUGAAGAACCACUUCGAGUCGAUUGACCAAGUGAACAAUCUCCGAGAGAUCCAGGCGCUACGGCGUCUCUCGCCGCACCCGCACAUUAUCAAGCUCGAAGAAGUCUUGUAUGACCAGCCGUCUGGACGCCUCGCGCUCGUGUUUGAGCUCAUGGACGCCAACCUCUACGAAAUGAUCCGGGGUCGACGAACGUACCUCAAUCCGGAGCUCAUUCGGUCGCUCAUGUACCAGCUCGUCAAGUCGCUGGACCACAUGCACAACAAGGGCAUCUUCCAUCGCGACAUCAAGCCCGAAAACAUCCUUGUCGAGAACAACGAGUUUCUCAAGCUCGCCGACUUUGGCAGCUGCCGCGGCAUUUACUCUAAGCAGCCGUACACCGAGUACAUUUCGACGCGCUGGUACCGUGCGCCCGAGUGCCUCCUCACGGACGGCUACUACGGCCCCGAAAUGGACCUCUGGGGCGUCGGGUGUGUAUUUUUUGAAAUCACGAGUUUGUACCCGCUCUUCCCGGGCUCCGACGAACUCGACCAAAUCAACCGCAUCCACAAGAUCCUCGGUACGCCGCUGCCAGACGUGCUCGACGUCUUUCGACGCAAGGGUGCGGCCCACAUUGACUUUAACUUUGCCCACGACGACGGCACGAGCAUCGCCAAGCUCAUUCCACACGCGUCGCCGGAAGCGGUCGAUCUCAUGUGCAAGAUGCUGGUGUACGACCCGAGCAAGCGCACGAACGCGCGCGAAGCACUUCGGCACGAGUAUUUUCGGGAAAUGCGCGAAAUUGAAGAAGCCGCGCUCGCGGCGGCCCAAGACCAGCUCCCGAAGCAACCGAGUGUCCCGGCGGCCAAUCCGCCGCCCGCCAAACACCGCGCCAAAGGCGUCAAGGACGACGUCGAGAAGGUGCGGCCACUGCCGAUGCUGGCAAAACCGCACGAAGAUCAUGAAUACUCGAUGGAUGGGGGCGCGUCAGAGAAGGAGUCGACGGCGUACGAGAUCAAUGAACUGCCGCCUAUCAAUGCCUCGAUGCUGCUUCCAAACGCUGGUAAAGGUGCCAAGGGCGUCGUCUUGCCGGACGCGAGCAAGAAGAAGAAUAUUUACCGAUCGACCAACGUGGCCGAGACGACCAAGGCCCGAAAACCCGCGCCCCAGGCAGCGGUCAACAACCUGGCCAACGCCGGCGGCAGCAUCGCUUCGUACAAAGUGUCGUCGAUGAAGGCAGCCAACAACCCGAGCUCCAAGGCAAAUAAGAAUCCGACAAAAUCCAUAGGAGCCGCGCCGAGUGGAGCGGCCAAGUCGCGACGUAAAUAAGACACUCGUUCCUAGUGGGUAGGUUCUCGUAGAAUAGGUCCGGUCAUAACCGCUCGAAUACACACUCUCUCAAACCG